ACGCUCCGUGGCGUCAAAAGCCCUUUUCUCCAGCUCGGCAUUGCAUGCCCACAAGGUGCUUACGACAUCAAUGUAGAGCCGUCCAAGGAUGACGUACUUUUUGAGGAUCCCUCUGCAAUUCUGUCAAUGGUGACGACUUUCUUCCAAUCAGUGUACCCUGCUAGCGACGCAAGACCUGAAAGCGCAGAGCCCUGUGAACCCGUAUCUGCCAAUGGCUUCGUGCACAGACAAGGCAAUGCUGAGGCAGGUGAGUCGUAAAAUCUGCGGCAUGCUGAUAUUUGCGUGAUUCGACCGAGCAAAAAUCAUGUCAUACCACUUCAUGCUUAAUAUUGACAAAAGUCGCUCAAUUCCAGACUCAGCAUCUUUACAGCUUUCGCACGCACGUACAACGCAAGAUAGCCCCCAGACAGUUCGUGGAGGUCGAUCGCAAACAAAUCCUUGGCAUAUUGCAAAGCUGAAUGCUCGCGCACAAAUGUCAAAGAUAGUGUCCGACAGGCAUUACGAAUCAUUGCCUGCUCACGAUGCACGAUCUACAGGACUGUUAACGCCGCAGAAUUCAUCGCCAACGCGAUUGGCCCAUUCCACGAUACACCCUUAUGGAUUGAACAAUGCGCAGAUUGUUCCGACACACGUUGUCUCCGAAAUCAGGGAGACCUCCGUCCGUGAUUUCCACGUGCCCACAGUGACUCGCGAUCGUGAUGGUGUGUCUCGACUAACACAAAGGUGGGCCCACAAUGAACAACUGGGGACACCAGCGAGUACGGAAGGAACUCAUCUCCAAGGCAAAGGCAUGCGUCCGGCGCAAGUGAUACCCUCCUUUACUCGACCUGAGAGUCAAGCAAAUCGCCGAAGAGCCAGAGGUUCAACCGGAUAUUCAGAGAGAUCGCAGAGCAGUGCAAUUUGCAAAUUUCGAAAGGAGAGUGCACAGGGACCUGCUCAGCGCUACAAGCAAACGCAUCUUUCCAUAUCACCGUUUGUCCCAAACACCGUGGCCAAUGCCGGCACUGCGCCCAGAGCAGGACACGAGAGGUCUGGCCGAUCAUCACCGACCUCCAACGCUUCAUACUAUCCUGAGCGAGGACGUUUGAAAAACACCCUGCCUCUGACGGGCCGCUCCAUGCAAGAAGCAAAUCGUGUGCUUAUUAGGCCCUCACCAACCUCAAACAUGCGGAUACCUAUCGAUCUAUUUCCGCAACACAGGGAUGACUGCGAGUUCCCAAUUUCAGGCAGUGGUCUCCCUACCACCGAGCCCAUCGCACAACCUACGCUGCAUAUCCCCUCUGUUGGCCACCCCACAACCAGCAUCACAAGCAAACAAUCCACCGAUCCUCGCCUUCUCCCUUGCAGCGUUCCUCGCACGCGAACAGCAAAUCUAGCACUAGAAAGCAUCCCGCCCGAACAGGUCGUAUGCCAUUUGAUCGCGCACUUGAAAAUAUACGCCUUUCCCUUGCUCUUCGAAAUCGAGUCCAAGGCUAUCAACGAGAAAGCUUGCAUGCUGCGCUUGAGCUUGUCGUCCCGCAAUCUUGAUUUCAAGACUCUUACAUUUCCUGCUGCGGCGAUGGUUGAGAUGGAGCGUGUGGUUGAAAGUGUGAUCAGCGACGCGGAUUCUGGGAAGAAGCGUAGGCUCAUCGGGGGCUUAAGGGAGGCACUUAGAGGGUGGUGAUGCAUCACAUCUCAGGGCAGUGUGACACAGUUGCUCCUUGUCUAGUUUCUUGGGGUUUGAGUACAAGAGAUAGC